AUGCAGCAGCAGCCAAUGAAAGGGCAGGAGAGCGGGUCCAGGGGCAAGGCUGAGGUUGGUGGGGUCUCCCCCUCUCACCCCCAGUCUCCCCCAUCUCCUCCCAGCCCUCUUCCUAUCUUCCUGUUUCCAUCUGAACUUGUGUUCUACUCUGAUCAGAGGAGUUCCCACAGGAGAGUCCUGACUCUCUACAACCCUUACACCUUCACCAUCAGAUUCAAGAUGUUGUGUACAGCCCCAUCGCUGUAUUCAGUGGUGGAGGCAGAGGGCAGUGUCAGAGCCAAGUCCUGUGUUGACCUAGUGGUGCGUCACCAAGAUGUGUCCCCCCGCCACUGGGGCAGGAGAGAUCGGUUCCGCCUGGAGGUGUCGGGGGGAGGUCAGGGGGGGAAGCGGGAGGUGUGGGCUGAGCUCAGGGGGGGAGAGGCCACCUCCCAGAACAGACCCACUAGCCCCCUGAGACUCCCCACCCCCUCCCUCACCCCUCUACCUUGCUUCACAGCGCCCCAUAAAGUUCGGAGACUGUCCCAGUUUGCAGUGUCGGUGGUGAUGGGGGUCGUGUGUGUUGCUUUCUUAAUGCUCCCCCUCCACUCUGAGCCCAACAGCUUGGUUCCUAGCUAUGCCCAUGUGACUGUCACACAGAAGCUGGUGUGUGCCUACGUACUGGGUCUGCUCACCAUGGUGUUUCUACGGUAACCAGAGGAGGACACAACAUUCCGAGACAAUGUUUCCAUGGAGAUUCAGACCAAGAUCCCCCCAGACCAAACUGAUAUGUUAUAUGGACCUAAAGGGCUGAUAUGUUCUAUGGACCUAAAGGGCUGAUAUGUUAUAUGGACCAAAAGGGCUGAUAUGUUCUAUGGACCUAAAGGGCUGAUAUGUUCUAUGGACCUAAAGGGCUGAUAUGUUCUAUGGA